AUGUUGUUGAAGUACGGUUAAGGUCUUGAAAAGAAACUUUUAAGGAUGCCUGAGCCGGCGAAAUCUGCUCCGGCUCCGAAGAAGGGCUCCAAGAAAGCCGUCACCAAGACGCAGAAGAAGGGCGACAAGAAACGGAAGAGAACAAGGAAGGAGAGCUACUCCAUCUACGUGUACAAGGUGCUGAAGCAGGUGCACCCCGACACGGGCAUCUCAUCCAAGGCCAUGAGCAUCAUGAACUCCUUCGUGAACGACAUCUUCGAGCGCAUCGCCGGCGAGGCCUCGCGCCUGGCGCACUACAACAAGCGCUCCACCAUCACCUCGCGGGAGAUCCAGACGGCCGUGCGGCUCCUGCUGCCCGGCGAGCUGGCCAAGCACGCCGUCUCCGAGGGCACCAAGGCCGUCACCAAGUACACCAGCUCCAAGUAAAUCUGUUAGAGAGAGAUCGACUAAACCAAAGGCUCUUUUAAGAG